AGCGGCGCUGGCCGGGCUCUUUGUUCAGGGCGGCGGACGGAGCGCGGCCAGGCCCGGGCCCCCCCCCGACCCCCGAGCGCGCCCCCCGCGCCCCUUCCCUCGGACACCGGCGGCGGGGCUGUGCAAGCAGCCCGGGACAGCGGAGAAGCUGGCCAGCACAAUGGGGAAGAAGCAGAACAAGAAGAAGGUGGAGGAGGUGCUGGAGGAGGAGGAGGAGGAGUACGUGGUGGAGAAGGUGCUGGACCGGCGCGUGGUCAAGGGCAAGGUGGAAUACCUGCUCAAGUGGAAGGGCUUCUCCGACGAGGACAACACCUGGGAGCCCGAGGAGAACCUGGACUGCCCGGAUCUGAUCGCGGAGUUCCUGCAGUCCCAGAAAACCGCCCACGAGAGCGAGAAGUCCGAGGGCAGCAAGCGCAAGGCCGAGUCGGACACGGAGGACAAAGGGGAGGAGAGCAAACCAAAGAAAAAGAAGGAGGAGUCGGAGAAGCCGCGAGGCUUCGCGCGAGGCUUCGAGCCGGAGCGGAUCAUCGGCGCCACGGACUCCAGCGGGGAGCUGAUGUUCCUCAUGAAGUGGUGAGGGCUCCAGGGGAUCGGGAAUUCCGAGGCCGACCUGGUGCCCGCCAAGGAGGCCAACAUCAAGUGCCCGCAGGUGGUGAUCUCGUUCUACGAGGAGAGGUUGACAUGGCACUCGUACCCCUCAGAGGACGAUGACAAGAAAGAGGACAAGAACUAAGCCCCGCUGGCCCCGCUCCGGGCAGCUCUGGGGGUUUUUUUGGGGAAGAAGAUCCGACCUUUGGUGGGCUGUGAGCAGAGGAGGGGUUUGGAGGUGCCCUGGCCGAGCCCCCGGCCGGGCCCCAGCCCUGCAGCCGCUCCUCUGCUCCGGCCGUGCCCGAAGCGCCGCCGGGAGCCGCAGCUCCGCGGGGCUGGGGGCUCCGGGCAGGGCGAGCGAGGCAAAGCCCCUCCAUGGAGGACUCGGCGGGCUGGGGAUGCACGUGGAGCCUGCAGAGCCCGUCCCACAGCCCCAGCCCUGCUCCCUGUAGUGCUCGCUCCGCGUUUCUAAGGCGUAGCAUGCGUGUAGGUCUUUUGAUUCGGAUUCUUAUUUUCCUUGUUUAUUAUUUUCCUUUUUUAUUUUCCUUUUUUAUUACUUUUCCUUUUUUAUUUUCCUUUUUAUUUUCCUUUUUAUUUUCCUUUUUA